AUGUCCGUGGACAUAGAUUCAGCCGAAACGUUACGACGUCGUAAGAUGCAAAAGGCGAAUGAUGUACACAUGCACGCUAUGGCUUCGCAGUAUGGGGAUCAAGUACGCACAGGGAUGGCGUUAUGUUGUGGUCAAACCACUGAACUCAUGAGACGAAUGGUGCUUGUACACUUCUUACGCGGUCCUACUGGUAUAGCUGCUUUCAGUUUAUCCGUGUUAUUGAUUGUUGGGUCUGCUUUCUGGCCCACCGUCGGUCUGUUGGUCAUCACCAGUCGAGAAGCCUCUUUGAUUGGAGAGAAAUCAAUCAAGCCCUCCCGCGUUCCUGUGAACCUGAAGAACUGGCUGGUAGGCUACGAGGGACAGCAGGACGAUCCGACUCUCGUAGACCUUAGUCAGCGUCUUUGGACAUACCUUGGUAAACUGCAAAAGGAUUCAAACCCAAGACAUUGGUGUGGCACACUACUCAAUUGUUCGAAACGUGUCUUCGAUGAAACCAAUCCCACACGUUCUUCCCUACUGUAUCCUCUCAACACUCACUACAUAUUUUUGGUUCGUCGCGUCUACGGUAAUAUCCAUGGCUAUCACAGCUACGCACCAUACCAGGCAUUUUUUUCUCCAGACAUCGCAAUGAGUGUUUAUCUGCCAUUCAAACAGCAAGUUGAUGAAUUCUUUUAUAAAGAGCACCAAAUCAAUCUGGAAAAUUCUACCAGCCCCCCAAAGCUGAACGUUCGAGUUGCUGCCUUGAAACGUGACGUCUACGCCGAAUCACCGUUUCGAUGGUCUGCGGAAAACUAUGGGAAGCAGUUUAUCACUAGCAUCAUUUGUGCACACCAGUAUCUGGGCACGGCCUGUCUGGUCGUAUGCAUCGCCAGCCUGAUGUGCUUGGACAAAGAGACAGGGUUUCGGCCAUUAAUGGCUCUAAUGGGAAUGCGGCGGAUAUCCUACAUGUUGGCUCAUUUCAUUGUUUGUCAGAUUGGUGUUCUCCCUUUGGCCGCUUUCGGAACACUGGUUCUGUGGACUCUGGGUGGAGAUCUGUCAAAACACCCUCUGACACCCACUGAAUACGGACAGAUCUUCGGCACUAACAUUCUCCUCAGCUGGCAUCAAUUUGGCAUUGGUCUGAUCGUGUGCGCCUUAGCACGGUCUACAAGGAUGGUGUUAUUCCCGUUACUCGCUCUGUUUGCGAUGGGAGUGGUGGCUCAGCUCGUUAUGAUCAACCAGGUGUUUGAGGACGUGACUUGGCAUCGAUGGUCCAAAAUCGACAACUAUGGGUAUAUAGUUCCAAGCUAUGCAUACUCAUCUCUUAUGCUGCAAAUCUUAAACAAAGAAAUGGUAUCCACUGAAGAAACCCACACCUAUUUCUACACGCAUGCUCAGGUGGUUCAUGCCGCGAUAGCUAUUUUGCUCGGAGCGUAUCUGGAUUGCAUAUCGAACAGUGGAACUGGACACAAAUACGAUUGGAAUUUUCCAGUUGUAUUCAUCAAGAUGUUCUUCCAGGCGCUGGACGUGAAUUAUGCCAGCAUGGAGCAAUCAUCAAUAUUCAUCAAGGGAAACACAAAUCGAACAAUUGAUCGUUUGGUUGAGGAGUCUAAACUAGAAUUCACCCGUGUCUGGCUACAAGGUGUCUCGAAAGACUACGUUCGAUGGCGAGGUUGGUCGAAAACCAAAUUUCGGGCCGUAUCCAAGGUAAACUUAUUAUUACAAAAGGGAGAAAUCACGGCCAUUCUGGGACACAAUGGCGCAGGAAAAACCACAAUUUUUAGCAUACUUGCAGGACUACAACCAGCAACUGGUGGUAACAUUAGAAUUUUUGGAAAGAACCCAUUGGAUGCUUGGGAUGCUAUCAACUUGCGCAAGAUCACCGGGAUCUGCACACAGUUUGACGUCCUGGAUGACCAUCUGACUGCAUACGAGCACAUGCGACUGCUUGGUGCCAUCAAGGGUGUCAGCUAUCAUUCAGCGCACAGAGAGACGAUGAAACUUUUCACCCAGCUUGAGCUGGACUCGUACACGCAUACGGCCACAAAUUUGCUUCCAGGAGGAGACAAGCGAAAGCUGUCAGUAGCCAUGGCUUUGCUGGGCUCCCCGCGACUGAUUAUGUUGGAUGAGCCGACGUCCGGUGUCGAUCCCUUCUCACGACGAUGUAUCUGGAAGGUACUGAGAAAUUACCGACCCAAUCGCGUAAUUGUCUUGAUCACUCACUACAUGGAUGAAGCCGAUGUAUUGGCAGAUAGGAAGGCGAUUAUGAUUAGUGGUCGACUGGUUUGCUAUGGCACCUCGAGAUUUCUGAAGGAGAAUUACAAUCCCGGUUAUAUGCUGAAUGUAACACUAACGAAUAAAUGGGACAACUCUUCUCGCCUGAAGCGAUUUCUCUGCGACCGCAUCUCCGGUGUUUCCUUCGUCCGUGAAUUCACGGAACAACUGACGUUUUUUAUUCAACCAAAUGCUAUGAAUCCCCUAAUGCUACUAAUGUUCUCCGAUGAAGGUCAGAAUGAACUGACUCAGUGCAGCGUCGCGAGCUUUGGUUUCACAGUUACUAGCUUGGAAGAUAUAUUUCUCAAGCUUGGAGCUGAACCACUGGAUCAAGAUGACGAAACACUGUUGGCUAAACCGGAUGAGAAACCGAGACAACAUAAGACGUCUUACGCGGUUGGAGAACGCCUUAAACAACUCACUCGUCCCCUGAGUAUCCGGUCAGUUCAGGAGAAGCAUCCACCAAGAGAACCUGUAGUCGACUUUCCCCUACUCCCGCCCAGCCCGAGGUCAGAGGUUGCGGUUGGUCUCCGACAGUUUGGUCUACUGAUUCGUGUCCUACUUGGUCUGUUGAUGUUACCAACUCCAAUAUAUAUCUUACUGCGUUCGUUUCUCCCGAUGAUCAUGGUUGGUGUGUCGUCCAUAGUCUACUACGUAGAGACGACCAACUUUCCAAGGACGGUUGAAAUGGAACACUACGACUACAUCACACGAACGAAUAUAACCGACACCAGGCAACAUAUAUCGAUUGCCUAUCCUGUUAAUUCCGAAGGUAACUGGUCGACAGUGGUAGAUCAGACUCUAUUUGACGAGGACCUCGUAUGCCUACGAAAUCAACUUGGACCAAAAGAACCCUACUUUGUGAAACUACCAUUCUGGCGCGAGUUGUCACCGACUGGAUACAGUGAGGAUGCGAUACAUCCUCUUUACAAUUACAGUCGUUUCGGAUCCACUCGCGUUGACAUUGCUGCGUGGCACAACAAUUCAAUCAAUAUCACUUUGAUCCUUGGACGACAGGAUCACGAUCUGACACAGCAGAUUAUCCUGCAACAUUUUGCUCUGUGGAACUGUCUGCAUGCGAGGAACCUCAAGCAACAAGGACUUCUUCGAACAGAUGAUCCAACUAUUCCUUGGGUUGGUGAUAUGACUUCAUGGGAAUCAAGAUGGCCUGAAACCCAUCCGCAACUGAAACUGGGAACCGCUUGCAUUUAUCUCAUUAUAUGUAGCGUCGCCAACUGCAUUCUUAAUCCACUUAUCGCCGGGGAUAUCCUCCGCAUUCUCACUCAACUUCACAUGUACGGAAUGAAGCACUGGGCUUACUGGGGCGCACACUUCUUCACUCAUAUAUUCCAAUAUCUGAUGCUUGCCUGUUUUACAACGAUCGUCAUGUUUCCGUUUGAGGAUCACAUUCUAUCUUACUGGCAGGCCAUAUUUGUUCACAAUUGGAUAAACAUUUUGGCAGCUCUGGAUAACAUUCUCCUUAACUACUUUUGUUGUUUAUUUUUUCAAAAUUCCGGAGGAGCGACGGUGCUGUUUGGUUCAACGAUUUUGAUUGUCAUCUUUGUCAAUAUAACCAUAUUCUUCAUCCCACUCAGUAUGCUGGAAGCUGCCUACGGUUGUAUCCUGUUCAUCUUCCCAUUUGCGGAUCCAUUCCUAACUCUGUUCCUAACGGACUUUCGCGUACGGCUAGAGAAGGUGUACCUAUUCGGAACCACAAAUGCCAUUUUCAUGCCACCACUGUGGCGACUUCUGGAGUACAAUCACGUAAAAAUUAGUCAGAUAAUCCAUUGUUUCCGCAUUCUGGUCACGGCCUCGCUGUUCUUAGGUGCCAAUAUUUACAUGCACCAGAUAACUCCCAAACAAAAGGAACGAAAGUACUAUGAGGGCCUGCAUCGACUUCAGCCACUUAGCGAAUUGAACACGUUGUACCGCACGGACUCCCAGCGUCCAACUGAGGAAGUUGGGGAAUUUAUCCGAGGCAAACGAAAGGGUACAAUCGUCACGGACAGCAACAUUGUGGCUUUUGUGUACAAGUUGACCAAAUGCUACUUUCCGGGAUCUUUGCCAGUUCUCAGCCGCUGCCUGAAUGCAUGCAGACCGGCCAGUCUUCGAGUAGCCGAGCCAACCAAAGUGGCGCUCACGAAUAUUUCAUUCUUGGUCAAUAAAGGAGAGAUUUGUGGCAUCCUCGGGCCAAGCGGUGCUGGGAAGUCUACGCUACUUGAAUGUCUGGCUUCGGUAACACAUCAGGACCAUGGGCAGGCAGGUGUUGUGAAUCUGCGAACCAAUCGUCUAUUGCCAAACCAAACGGCGGUGGAGCAAGGUAUUAUUGGGUUUUGCCCCCAGUACAAUCCGAUUUGGCCUCAAUUAACCGUGAGAGAACAUUUGGUGAUCUAUUCUGUUAUGCGUGACAUUAAUCGAAAGGCCAUUGAUGGUCACGUGACGAAGCUUAUCAAUACUGUGAACCUGGAACGCUAUCGUGACACGUACGCGGGAUCUUUAUCUGGUGGAUGCAAGCGACGCCUCUCAAUGGCAAUCAGCAUGGUUGGCGAUCCGAGCCUGAUAAUCAUGGACGAGCCAUCAUGCGGUGUGGAUCCACGAUCAAGGAGGAACUUGUGGAAAACGUUGCUUAACUGCAUCAAGGGCACACAGAGGGGUUGCGUGGUAACAACGCACUUUAUUGAUGAAGGCGAAUCCUUGUGUGAUCGUCUGGCAAUUCUGGUCAAUGGGAAUCUUCUGUGUAUGGGCAGCCCCCAUCAAUUAAAAUCAUCCUACGGUCAUGGCCUCUUCGUUGAAGUGAAGAUCGCUCGAAAUUACGCACUGAUGCCGGAUGAAGCUGACUUUGAGGUGCAUCAAACCUUGGGAAAAUUUGUGCGACACCUACUGGAUCAGUUUCCACGAACCACAAUUAUUGACUCCUUUGAAGAUCGAAUGUGCUUUCAGUUUGCAGAUAGGAAUAUGCAAGUUUUCCGGGAGGCGACCGAGAUGCUUUUACAA